AACAGCAACCAGUUGAUGAAAUGAGUCAGACCAGAGCCUGUCUGAUCCAGUUCUGGUUUGGAACUUAACUCUUUUCUUUUGGAUGUUAGGUAAACUCUACCUGAUGAAAGGGUGAAUGUGAGUCAGUAAAACUGGCUCACGUUAGUCUCAGUAUUAUUAGAAAGCUUGGAGCCUCCAGGUGUGUGAGACUGACAUGACAGUGUGAGUCAGCAUCAACUAAGCCAGCGCUGCACUGUGAUUGGUCCGUUUGAACAAUCUGCUCGUUUCCACCACAAACUCCCCUGAUCUGAGAUUUUAUUUCCUGUUUAUAAAUGUUUCUGCUUUACAAGAAAACUAUUUACAGCCGAGUGUGAAAACGCUGCCUCCUCACCAGGAUCUCAGGGAGCUGCUGGCUGACGGUCACCGGGCGUCAAGACUUUGUUGCCGGGUGUUCGACUUGGUCGGCAGAGUGUCCGACUCGGUCAGCUGGGUGUCGGACUCUGUUAGCCGGGUGUUCGACUUUGCAUGCAGAAAAGCUACAGUUGGGAUUUGAACCUACAGCCUUCUUGCUGUGAGGCGGUAGCCCUGCCAUGAAGGAUCAGUUUUAGUUUUGUUUACUAAAAAACAUGAUGGCUUAGAACUGUGAUGUCACAGGAAGGAGGAGUCGGAUGUAAUCGUGGGUUGCAGGUUUGAUCCCCAGGCUCCGCCAGUCGUUGUGGACACUGCCUUGCCUGCUGGUGGUGGUCGGAGGGACUGAUGGCACCUGUGUUCAGCAGCCUAGCCUCGUGUCCCGGGGCAGCUGUGGCUACACCGUAGCUCAUCACCACCAGCGUGUGAAUGGAUGAAUGAUUGUAAUGGCGUGGCGGCGACGGCGCCCGAGAGCGGCGCCUCUCUGGCCCUCAGAGCCCUGGGGUGGGGCUCCCUGUUGGCCUGGUGUGGAGUGGGUCUGCUCAGCGUCACCGUGUGGAAAGCUCUCGGUGUCCACAGCGUAGGUUUUUUCUGUCACACCUGGAAAAUCAAACUAAACAACAAAAGGUCUGAAAACGCUGGCCGAGUUCAGGCUGAAGAUGCAGGCGUCAUUUCCGUCCGUCCCAAAGAAGCCAGACGCUGCAGCUGGAUCAGAACCGCUGGACUGGGACUCUGUGUUCAGAUCCAAGUGAUCUGGAAUGGUUUCUUCCUGCUCUGGUUCUCAUCAGGUUCUGCUGCUGGAUGGACAGAACCGACCCGAUUCAAACAGUGUUCGUCUUCUGAAGCUUCUUCUAAUCAGGUCUUCUAGUUUGUCUGAACUGGACCGGGUCAAACGGUUCAGGACCUGGAACCAAGACGCUUCCCACUUAAGGAUUUUCAGAACCGGAUAAACAAUUCAUGAAUUUUUCUCCACACGAAUCCCAGAUUCAGAAAGGUCUGACUCCUCCCACCAGAACCUCGUUAAACUGUCCCACAAAGGCCACCGUACCGGUCGGGUGAUUACUGGGUAUUUGGUACAGAAAGAUUCUAUUUUUUUCAAGUUUUUCCUGCUAUUAAAAAUUCAGAACCAGUCCA